AGGCCUAACCCUAACCCUACCGUAAGUCUUAAGGUAAGAAGUAUAGAGAGGUAACUAGUAGUAAGGGUAAAAGAGUUUAUAAAGAGAGAAGAGAAGAAGUACCUUUAUACCUAAAUAAGCAGUUAGUAGUUGUACCUUGGAAAGCACCGAUAACUAGUUAACUACCUAGUUACGCACGCCGCACUUUCCAGCAGGGAGUAGAUCUUUAUCUACGGUAAUAAAAUCACCGGCAAGCAACGCAUGAAAGACAAGAAAUCGUGCAUUAUUAUUGAGGUUUGGAGCAUCAUUAGUUAGCCAACCAAUCAAAGCAAUCAACUAAGUUAAGUGUGUUAAUAGGCGAUUUGAUUACUCCGUACUCUGACAGAUAUCAUGAACAGAAAAUAUAGCUAGUUACUUGGUAGUUGAUUUUGGCCAUUAUUGAAUUAUUAGCCUAGUUCAGCAACACCGCUAUGAUGUGAUUCGGGAUACGCCUUAGUCAUUCCCCCCGUGUGCGUAUAGUAAACGGCCUUGAUCUCCUAUAGUUCGAGUGCUGAUUUUAAUAACUAACUAGUUUAUGUCCUUUAUGGCUCCGUGUUUAACUUCCGUAAUCAAAUAUUGAGUUACUUUAUCUAGAUAUAUUAAUCGCAGGCAACCUGUCCUACUGGAUGAAAUUCCGCGUUUGGCUGGGGGCAAAGCUAUAUGGGGAAUCGAGGUCGCCAAAGGUAUACUAUAUUGGGCCGCGAAAGAUCUUAAGGGUAUGCUGCCACCGCACGGAGCUCGAGGCAAUGGAGGCGACUAUCAGAAUUCGGGAUAUGACCAUCGAUUGGGCAGCCGACGAUUUGGACCAUUCAGUCUCGCAGAGUUUCAUAAAUUUGUGCGACGCGACGUGGAUUUGGAGAGCUAGGAGGCCCGCGACGAAAUUGUGGCUCGAGUGCAUGGCCGGGCGGACAGUUAACUACUCUACGAAGUUCACUCACGCGGACUUAUCGCCGUCAAACAUCAUGGUGAAGGAUGGAAAGAUCACAGCGAUUAUCGAUUGGGAGUUCGCAGGUUGGUUUCCAGAGUAUUGGGAGUACACCAAGAUAUACUACGGCUUUCGAGAGUUUCGGAAGGAUUUCUACAGCGAAGUAAAGCAUUUCUUUACAACUUACCCGGAAGAGCUCGACGCUGAACAGGCAAUAUGGGUGAUCACCGGGCCAUUCGACUACGACCCUGUCUGGACAGUUGUUACGGCUGAGCAACAGCGCCUUGAAAUAGAGGUAAAAGCACGGGCUAAACCCGAGAUUGGAAAUAGCGAAGCCUAG